AUGCUUGUUUGUUUGAGGUUGUGUUGUUCGAAAUAUCAGUUUUGGCCAAUUUUGUCUACAUUGCCAAUAUUUACAGUAUAAGACGCUUUUAUUGACAGAAAUGGCUGAAGCGAUGCGUCAAACUGUAGCUGGAAUGCUCAAAGGCAUUGAAAGAUACAAUCCAGAUAAUCUUACAACUUUAGAGAAAUAUGUUGAAAUACAAUCCAGAGAAAAUGCUUAUGAUCUGGAAGCAAAUUUGGCUGUUCUGAAACUCUAUCAGUUAAAUCCGCACCGAUUCAACAUGGACAUUACGUGUCAGAUAUUGUUGAAGGCAUUGACCAAUCUACCGCACACUGAUUUCGUGUUGUGCAAGUGCUUGCUCAGCGAGAAACUUAUGUCGGAAAGCCCCAUAAAUCAAAUUAUGUAUCUGGGAGAUAUCUUGGAACGAUGCGACUUUCAGCACUUUUGGGACAGGGUGUUGUCUAUGUCGGAGCUUUGUGAUAGAAUUGUAGGUUUCCAGGAUUCGAUAAGAAAGUUCGUGUGCCACGUAGUAGGAAUCACAUUUCAAACGAUAGAUAGAGCACUCCUAGCACAAUUGCUUGGUGGCGUGGAUGAUGCAACAUUGAAACAUUGGGUGAAAAAGUAUGGUUGGAAAGAAGAGACUAAAACGAUCAUCUUCGUUGCAAAUCAAGACGAAAACAUCAAAACCAAGAACAUCACUGAAAAGAUUGAUUUUGAAAACGUGGCAGGUUUGAUGGCUGCUUGUCUGUAAAAAUAUUAGUGAUUACUUUUUAAUAAAAUUUAUUACAUAAUCAAUUGGUUUAUU